UUGUGAAUGUUGUGUUGACUCUUCUCGUUUUCUUGUACAGUUUGUUGCUAAAGUCUAGGAACCCAGGGGCUCAAGAGGGUGUGAGAAAGUACACUUCGGACUAGCCAAGUUCUUUAUGCCUGUCGGAUUAGAAGAAAACGGUUGAGAGGAUGAAAGGAAUCGCUGAUGAACCGCAGUAUUCUGUCGGUCUGCUGGAGGGAGGCGCAGCCCUCUGUGACGUGAUUGACAAUCAUAUUUAUGAACAAUCUCUGACUGAGAAGAAUGCAUUCUUUGUAGCAGACCUGGGAGUAAUAAUGAGGCAGCAUGUUCGCUGGCGAACCCACAUGGCCCAAAUUAGACCCUACUAUGCUGUCAGAUGCAACAGCAGCCCAGCUGUUAUUGAGGUUCUUGCUGCCCUCGGUGCCGGAUUCAUUUGUACCAACAAGGUACUUGACCAUAAACUGGUUGUGUCACUGUAGUGGGUUCAGGUUUAU